ACUUAAUGUAAUAUAUAUAGUAUAAAAAUUAAUAUAAUAGAACAAAUUAAAUUUAUUCAUUCAAUUAUAUGAAAAAUAAAAAAAUAAAAGAAUAAUAAAAUUUAUAGGAGUAAACUGUGGCACGUUCACUAAAAAAAAAUCCCUUUGUAGCUCAUAAAAUUAUUAAAAAAAAUUGAGAAACUUAACACAAAGGGAGAAAAAGAAAUAAUAAUAACUUGGUCCCGGGGAUCUACUAUUAUUCCAAUAAUGAUUGGUCAUACUAUUGCCAUUCAUAAUGGGAAAGAGCAUCUCCCUAUUUAUAUAAUGGAUGAUAUGGUCGGACACAAAUUGGGAGAAUUUGCAACUACUUUAAAUUUUCGAGGACAUGCAAAAAAUGAUAAGAAAUCUCAUCGGUAAUGUGAAUACUAAAAAAUAUUUUGAUGCUUAUAAGUCAUUAGUAGGAGGCAAAUUUUAUGUACCAGAUGCUAAAUAAAAAAACCCCAGAAGUAUACGUUUUAGGUCGACGUAUAGCUAUGUCGGCUAAUAAAGCACGAAGAGUUAUUGACCAAAUUCGUGGGCGUUCCUAUGAGGAAACACUUAUUAUAUUAGAACUCAUGCCCUAUCGUGCCAGUUAUCAAAUUUUAAAAUUGGUUUAUUCAGCCGCAUCAAAUGCUAGUUACACUAUGGCUUCAAAUAAAGCAAAUUUAGUUAUUAGUCAAGCUGAAGUUAAUGAGGGGACUGCUGGAAAGAAAUUAAAACCUCGGGCUCGCGGGCGUAGUUAUCCAAUAAAAAGACCGACCUGCCAUAUCACUAUUGUACUAAAAGAUAUUUCAUUCAAUGAUUCUGAAUCCGUGGAGCUCGGUUUGCUAAAAAAACCACAAGCGAAAAAAAAUUCUAGAACUAAAGCAUAUUCUGAUAUCCAGAAAAGGAGGUAUUUAUGGGACAAAAAAUAAAUCCACUUGGUUUCAGACUUGGUACAAACCAGGCCCAUUAUUCACUUUGGUUUUCGCAACCAAAAACGUAUGCUGAAAAUCUGCAAGAAGAUCAAAAGAUAAGAGCUUUUAUAAAAAAUUAUGUACAAAAAAAUAGAAUCAAACCCUCGGGUACCGAGGGAAUUGCAGGUAUAUGUAUUAAAAAAAGACUCGAUCUAAUCCAAGUCAUAAUCUAUAUUGGAUUUCCCAAAGUAUUCAUUGAAAAUAGCCCGCAGGGAGUUGAAGAAUUACAAAAAGCUCUACAAAAAAAAUUAAAUUUCGUAAACCGAAAACUUAAUAUUGCUAUCACAAAAAAUUGAAAAACCGUAUGGAAAUCCUAAUAUUCUUGCCGAAUUUAUAGCUGGACAAUUAAAGAAUAGAGUUUCCUUUCGAAAAGCAAUGAAAAAAGCUAUUGAAUUAGCUGAACAAGCAGAUACAAAAGGAAUUCAAGUACAAAUUGCGGGACGCCUUGACGGAAAGGAAAUUGCACGUGUGGAAUGGAUAAGAGAAGGAAGAAUUCCCCGCCAAAACUAUUCAAGCUAAAAUUGAUUAUUGUUGUUAUUCAGUUCGAACUAUCUACGGGGUUUUAGGCAUAAAAAUUUGGAUAUUUUUUGAUCAAGCUCAAUAAAAUUUUAUUCAUUCUUUUUACCUGUAAUACCGAGCGGCCAUUUCACAAAUUAUUUUGUGUAAUGAGCAGG